CAGAGCAGCCCUGCUUGAUUUCACUCGCUAACGCCAGUUUUAAAAGCCCUGAAGGCAGCAGAAGCUCUGAAAAGGCGGCCGGGCGGGAACGGCGGCGGAAGGGGCAGAGAACGCCUCCGCCUCUUCCCGGGGAGUGGUAGCGGGAGGGGGCCAUCCCGCCCACCAGUUGGCGGGAGACUUAAAGUGGGCUGGAACAGCCGGGAACGCUGAGUGCUCCCGCCUGGUGCAGCCAUGUCCACCCCGGCCAAGCGACACUGCCACAGCACCACCGGCUCCCUCGACUCCAGCUUCCAGAAGCGCCUCAAGAAGAUUUCUAUCGAGGGUAACAUCGCUGCAGGGAAGUCAACGUUUGUCAAGCUACUAGAGAACCACAGUGAUGAGUGGGAGAUCAUCCCCGAACCCAUUGCCAAGUGGUGCAACAUCCAGACAGCUGAAGAGGAGCAUGAGGAACUUUCAACAUCUCAGAAGAGCGGAGGGAAUCUACUCCAAAUGCUCUAUGACAAACCCACACGAUGGGCUUACACAUUCCAGACUUAUGCCUGCCUGAGCAGAGUGAGAGCACAGUUAAAACCUGUCUCAGCCAAACUUCAGGAAGCAGAACACCCAGUGCAGUUCUUUGAGAGAUCUGUGUACAGUGACAGAUAUGUAUUUGCUUCUAACCUGUUUGAGUCUGGAAACAUUAAUGAAACAGAGUGGGCUAUUUAUCAGGACUGGCACUCAUGGCUUUUGAAUCAGUUUGAAUCAGAUAUAGAACUGGAUGGCAUGAUCUACCUAAGAACCACACCUGAGAAAUGCAUGGAAAGGCUACAAUUGAGAGGAAGAGAGGAGGAGCAAGGAAUUGAACUUGAGUAUUUGGAAAACCUCCACUAUAAACAUGAAACCUGGCUUCACGAAAGGACUAUGAGAGUUGACUUUGAGAACCUUAAGGAGAUUCCCGUUCUAGUUUUGGAUGUUAAUGAAGAUUUUAAGAAUGACAAGAUUAAACAGGAGUACCUGAUCGAUAAGGUCAAGUCUUUCCUGACUUCUUAGGAUGAUGAAAAUUGAUUUGAAUGUCAAGUUCUUGAAGGUCAAGAGUUACACUUAUCAAUCAGCAUGUUAAUUUAAACUGAAUGCAUCACAUGUAUAGCUUAUUUUAAG